CAGACGAGAGGCGAACGGUGAACUCGUGUCGAAACACGUAAAAUACGAUCAGUUAUUUCAACUCCCAGCAUACAAGCGGGGCGACCCGAACAGUAAACCAUUCACACCCCUUUUGGUUACCAUGGCAGCCUCAAUCGCUUCCAGCCAAUCCCAGCCUCGACUUUCCAUCUCCCCUCACGCUUUACGCCAUCUUGAAAUUACAGCUUCAGUUUGUAAAGUGCCUGAAAUACAGCAGAGCUGCACCUUUGUCGCCUCCGUGGGCGACAUGAACAGUUCUCGAAACAAACCGUCGCAGGCAGCCGGGAAGGCGCAGAAGGACGCAGACAAGGCGGUGGAGAGCAGCAACCGGGACAAGAAGACCGGCGGAGGAAUGCUGAGGAAGCUUAAGUCCCGGCGCAGCCACCCGGACAAGUGGCCUUCGGUCACAGAGGAUGAGCUGCGGGCUUUAGGAGGAGACAUCUCCCCGGACCAUGUGCUGGGUCUGCGGGUUGUCACGGAAGACUACCUGUGCAGACCUGAGGAUAAUAUCUACAGCGUUGACUUCACACGGUUCAAAAUCAGAGACCUCGAAACUGGAACGGUUCUUUUUGAGAUAGCCAAACCUCCAAACAGUGGUCAUGCGGAGAAAGACGAAGACAGCGGGGAUGCAGACUCCAGCGCGGGGCGUUUUGUCAGAUACCAGUUCACACCAGCCUUCCUAAAACUGCGCACUGUUGGGGCGACCGUUGAGUUUACAGUGGGGGACCGACCUAUCAACAGCUUCCGCAUGAUCGAGAGGCAUUAUUUCCAGGGACAGCUCCUCAAGAACUUCGACUUCGACUUCGGCUUCUGUAUACCCAACAGCCGCAACACGUGCGAACACAUUUACGAGUUUCCACAGCUUCCCGAAGACCUGAUUCGCCAAAUGGUGGAGCACCCAUACGAGACCAAAUCAGACAGUUUCUAUUUUGUGGACAACAAACUGAUCAUGCACAACAAGGCAGACUACGCCUACAACGGUGGGCUUUAAAACCUGACAGAAGAAAUGGGUCCAGGAUCUCAUAGCUGAAAAAAUUCCUAUAUUAUACAUUUCUAAAACUCCUUCCAAAACAGGGUGCAGAAGUGUUUUUUUGUUGUCGUUGAAAUUGUUAGAAACUAGACCAACUCUGCCUUACUACAAAAACACGGAUCCAUAUGGAAGUACCUCGGGGAAGCUCAGCUUCAUGGACUCACAAUAACUUUGCUCCUGAUUUCUGUACAUCUGACUGAAGUGUUUGUUCUGUUCUGUGUUUUGGUUUGUCAGGCAGGUGUCGCAUUACUGCUUGAACCCUUUGACCCAUGCUGUCUCUGCUGGAAGGGGACGCUUCUGGUCGCUGAUAGUUAGGAAUGUAAUUCACUUAAACACUCAUGUUUAUUUAAAUGACCCGUUUCUACUGACAGUUGGAUUUCCUGAGUGGGAAAAGCAAGCUUAAUAUUUCUCAAGCGUUUUUAACCUGCCGUUUGAUGAAGAGAUAGCAUGAAUUGUGUUGGAUUUUUAUCGACUCGUAGCUUGAAAUGUUAUGAACUGUUUAUUAUUUGAACUGUUUGUGUCCAUUUAGUGGUCAUUUCUUUGACUCUGAGUAGAUUAGUCUUUUUUUCUUUUUCUGGUCAACUUUCAUUCCAUUUGAGGAAAAACAUGACCUUCUCGUGAUUACGUCCUGUUAAACUGUCACCAAGUUUCCUUUUGUUCUAUGAAAACUGACAGAAUCGAAGAA